AUGGCUCCAGAAAGUAGUUAUGGCUCAUUUGAUCGUGUGAUCAUGAAGGGAAGAAAUGUUGGAGCUGCAAUGACCAUCCGCCAUGGAGCUCCAACAGGUGAGUCACAAGAUAGUUGCUGCAUUAUUAACCUAUAUGUCAAUAACAAUAUUCAAGGGGUAAACAGUUUCAUACUGCUUGGUAGUGAGGUCCAGAUGAAAUCUCCUGGUGUCAACAUAUUUUUAGAAGACUUGAAUAUAGGUGAAAAAUGGCUGCCAUCAGAGAUGAAGAAGAAAAAGAUAUCAAACAAAAAUGAGACUUCAUUACUCUCUAAGCUAGGGUUUUCUGCCAUACUUACUGCAAUUGUCUUAUUACUUCUCUUAUUUCUAUCACUUUCACAAUCUCCAAUGCUUUAA